AUGUACUUCAACUCGCCCAAAGAUUUCACCGGCUUCCGCGACAAGCCCUCCGGCGUCGUGCUCCUCGAGGAGGCGAACGUGCGCGAGUCGGGCGAGGGCGGCUACUACGGCCGGCCCUUUACGUUUGUGCUCUCGCACUCGGGCGGCGAGUCGGUGGUGCUCGCGGCGGAGACGGAGAAGGAGAUGGUGGAGUGGAUGCAGGCGGUCCGCACGAGCAGGCUGUGCGUCACCGACGCGGAGGCGGCGGCCAUGAGCGAGGCGCAGCGCCAGCAGGCCGCCGAGGCGGACAUCGAUGCGGCAGUGCACCGGCGCGCGGACGCGGAGGCGGCGCUCGCGACUGUGGACAAGGAGCUGUCGGAGGUGCAGAAGACGCACCGCGAGGUCGAGGCCGAGAAGGAGCGCGCCGAGAAGGAGCUGAAGGAGCUGAUGGCGCGCUUCAAGCUGCGCAAGUCGCUACUGCACUGGCGGCACCGCAAGCUCACCUUCUCGUUCCGCGCGCUGGUCACGAUCGUGUUCGAGGGGCGAAUCGACAAGGCGCGCGGUGCGAAGGCGUCGGCCGACGCGCGCAUGGCUGCCGCCCAGCAGGAGCUCGAGGCGGCGAGCGCGGCGCGGCAGAAGGCUGAGGCGCGCGCUGCCGUGGGGAAGGGGCUUGGCCAGGGGAGGGGAGGGAAGACGGAGAUGUACGUGCGCGAGCUGGAGCUGAAGAAGCAGUGCGAGGCGGAGGAGAGGGAGGGUGACCGGCUGGCUGCGCACGAGGCGGACCUGCGCGCCGAGGCGGAGCAGGAGGCUGCCACUCCUCCACCAGGCGAGAGCCAGUCAGGCUUCACAACAGUGGCCAGGGGUGGGGCUUGCAUGUUUGUCGUCGUGACAGUCGUCGUGACAGCGGGACUCGGCAAGCUCUCCCUCGACCGCGAGAGGCAGGAGUGCCUCGACCUGCGCAUGCAGCUCGAGCGGUGCCGCGCCGAGGGCGAGCUGCUGCAGACCAAGCUCAAGCGGCGCGUGCCGACGGGCAAGAGCAAGUAG